AUGGACGAGUAUGAUGCCGAGCUCCAGGACCGGCUCGACGACUUGGACCGGGAGCUGCAGGAGGGAGACAUCACAGACAAGGGCUAUCAAAAACGCCGCACCCUGCUGCUGUCACAAUACUUGGCCCCGCCCCCCAGCGAGCCGGCCGCUGCUCCGAAGCCGCGAUCCGGCCUGAGGAUACACUCCCCCGACGACUCGGAUUACGGCUCGAGCAACGGCCACAGGGCGGCGGCCUACAAUGCCAUAGCCGGUCAGGAUUCCGACCCGAGCACGACCAACUCGUCGUACCGGCCAGCCUCCGGCUACGGUCACACGCCAGACUCGACCUCUGGCGGCCCCCUGCAUGUCGUCGGUUCCGUCGCCGAGCAUGCCAUGACCGGAGGUCGCGACUCACUCUUCCUGACGCCCGGAAGUGACGGUCCCACGAGGAGCGGGACCAUGGCCUCGCGAGACUACGCCUUCAAGCCUGAGCAGCAGGGUCCAUACGCCGACUCGCAUCCGCAUCAGCAGCAGCAGCACUAUGACGGUCGAACGGGAACCAUGAAGGACUCGGACGCCUACUUCUCCGACUUUGCCGGCCAGCAGCAUUACGACCAGCAUCAGCAGGGGGAGUACGUCGUGGCCCACAAGUACUCCUCGAGCGAAGCCUUCUCCCCCGCCGCCGCCGUGGCGCCCCCGAUGCUCGCCGCGAGCGACCUGCCGCCCCCGGAGGCGCUGGAGUACCAGUCGCCCUUGGAGCCCAGGGAGGUGCCGUUCGCCAUCUACGACCCCCAGGACCACAGCACGCCCAUGUCCGGCUUCGAAAACAUUGCCGCCGUCCUGCGACACCGAGCGCGGAAGUCGGCCAAGACGCCCGCUUACUGGGUUCUCGACGGCAAGGGCAAGGAGAUAGCAUCCAUCACCUGGGACAAGCUGGCGUCGCGCGCCGAAAAGGUCGCCCAGGUCAUAAGGGACAAGAGCUCGCUCUACCGCGGCGAUCGCGUCGCCCUCGUCUACCGCGACAGCGAGGUCAUAGACUUUGCCAUCGCCAUGCUCGGCUGCUUCAUCGCCGGCGUCGUCGCCGUUCCCAUCAACGAUCUGCAGGACUACCAGCGUCUCAACUACAUCCUGACCACGACCCAGGCCCACCUGGCCCUGACGACGGACAACAACCUCAAGGCCUUCCAGCGCGACAUCACCGCCCAGAAGCUCACGUGGCCAAAGGGCGUCGAGUGGUGGAAGACGAACGAGUUCGGAAGCUUCCACCCCAAGAAGAAGGAGGACAUCCCCGCCCUGUCCGUCCCCGACCUUGCCUACAUCGAGUUUUCCCGAGCGCCGACGGGCGACCUGCGAGGCGUCGUCCUGAGCCACCGCACCAUCAUGCACCAGAUGGCCUGCCUGAGCGCCAUGGUCAUGACCGUUCCCGGAAACGGCCCCGGCGACACGUUCAACCCGUCGCUGCGCGACAAGAACGGCCGACUCAUCGGCGGCGCCGCCGGCAGCGAGAUCCUGCUCUCGUACCUUGACCCGCGCCAGGGCAUCGGCAUGAUCCUCAGCGUCCUCCUGACCGUCUACGGCGGCCACACGACCGUCUGGUUCGACAACAAGGCCGUCGACGUCCCGGGCCUGUACGCCCACCUCAUCACAAAGUACAAGGCCACCGUCAUGAUUGCCGAUUAUCCCGGCCUCAAGCGGGCCUCGUACAACUACCAGCAAGACCCGAUGACGACGCGAAACUUCAAGAAAGGCGUCGAGCCGAAUUUCCAAGCCGUCAAGCUGUGCCUGAUCGACACCCUCACCGUCGACGGCGAGUUUCACGAGGUCCUCGCCGACCGAUGGCUGCGACCGCUACGGAACCCGAGAGCGCGGGACGUUGUUGCGCCGAUGCUCUGCCUCCCCGAGCACGGCGGCAUGGUCAUCAGCAUGCGUGACUGGCUCGGAGGCGAGGAGCGCAUGGGCGUCUCUCUCAAGCUCGAGAGGGAGGCCGAUGCCGAUUCGGACGAGGAUCGGGGAGACAGGGAGAGGCAGUCGUCGACGCUCGGCAACGGCUUCGCCAGCCUCCUGGGCGGAGGAACGACCAAGGCGAUGCAGCGGCGCGGGAACAAGGAGGUCAACGAGGUGCUUCUCGAUCGCGAGGCUCUGAAGACGAACGAGGUCAUCGUCACCGCCUACGGGGACGAGGUGGAGAGGAAGGCGGUCGGCAACCCCGACAUGGUCCGCGUCGGCGCCUUCGGCUACCCGAUCCCCGACGCGACGCUGUCCGUCGUCGACCCGGAGACCGGCCUCCUCGCCUCGCCGCGCAGCGUCGGCGAGAUCUGGGUCGACUCACCCUCCUUGUCCGGCGGAUUCUGGGCCCAGCCCAAGAACACCGAGCUCAUCUUCCACGCAAGGCCGUACAAGUUCGAGCCCGGCGAGCCGACGCCGACGCCGGUGGAGCCCGAGUUCCUACGGACGGGUCUGCUGGGGACCGUCAUCGAGGGAAAGGUGUACGUCCUCGGUCUCUACGAGGAUCGAAUCCGGCAAAAGGUCGAGUGGGUCGAGCACGGCCACGAGAUUGCCGAGUACCGCUACUUCUUCGUCCAGCACAUGGUGGUGAGCAUCGUCAAGAACGUGCCCAAGAUCUACGACUGCUCGGCCUUUGACGUCUUCGUCAACGAGGAACACCUUCCCGUCCUCGUUCUCGAAUCUGCUGCCGCCUCGACGGCGCCCGCCACCUCCGGGGGCCCGCCCCGGCAGCUCGACACGGCCUUGCUGGACUCGCUGGCGGGCCGAUGCAUGGAGGUGCUCAUGCAGGAGCACCACCUUCGACUCUACUGCAUCAUGAUCACGGCCCCCAACUCGCUGCCGCGGGUGCUCAAGAACGGCCGGCGCGAGAUCGGCAACAUGCUGUGCCGGCGCGAGUUUGACCUGGGCAACCUACCCUGCGUGCACGUCAAGUUCGGCGUCGAGCAUGCCGUCCUCAACCUGCCCAUCGGCAUCGACCCCCUCGGCGGCAUAUGGUCGCAGGUUGCCUCCGAGUCGAGGGAGAACAUCCUCGCCGCCGCCGACAAGCAGUACUCGGGCAUCGACCGCCGGGAGGUGGUCAUCGACGACAGGACCUCGACGCCGCUGAACAACUUUGCCUGCAUCACCGACCUCAUCCAGUGGCGCGUGGCCCGCCAGCCCGAGGAGCUGUCGUACUGCACCAUCGACGGCCGGGGCCGCGAGGGCAAAGGCGUCACGUGGCGCAAGUUCGACACCAAGCUGGCCGCCGUGGCCAUGUACCUGAAGAACAAGGUCAAGGUGCGGCCGGGCGACCAUCUGAUUCUCAUGUACACGCACUCGGAAGAGUUCGUCUUCGCCGUCCAUGCCUGCAUCAACCUGGGGGCCGUCAUCAUCCCGAUGUCCCCGCUCGACCAGAACCGGCUGAACGAGGACGUGCCGGCCUUUCUGCACAUAGUGUCCGACUACCGCGUCAAGGCGGUGCUGGUGAACCAAGAAGUCGACCAUCUGAUCAAGCUCAAGGUGGUGGCGAGCCACAUCAAGCAGUCGGCCCAGAUACUCAAGAUCGCCAUCCCGAGCGUCUACAACACGACGAAGCCGCCGAAGCAGAACAACGGGCUGCGAGACUUGGGCCUGACCAUCGACCCCGCCUGGGUGCGGCCGGGCUAUCCGGUCGUCGUCUGGACGUACUGGACGCCGGACCAGCGGCGGAUCGCCGUCCAGCUCGGGCACGACACCAUCAUGGGCAUGUGCAAGGUGCAGAAGGAGACGUGCCAGAUGACGAGCUCGCGGCCGGUGCUCGGGUGCGUCCGAAGCACGACGGGCCUGGGCUUCAUCCACACGUGCCUCAUGGGCAUCUACAUCGGCACGCCGACCUACCUCCUCUCGCCCGUCGAGUUUGCGCAGAACCCCAUGUCGCUCUUCGUGACGCUGUCCCGGUACAAGGUCAAGGACACGUACGCGACGCCCCAGAUGCUCGACCACGCCAUGUCGGCGAUGCAGGCGAAGGGAUACACGCUGCACGAGCUCAAGAACAUGAUGAUCACGGCGGACUGCAGGCCGAGGGUGGACGUGUUCCAAAAGGUCCGCCUUCACUUUGCCGCCGUCGGCCUCGACAGGACGGCCAUCAACACGGUCUACUCGCACGUGCUCAACCCGAUGGUCGCCUCGCGUUCCUACAUGUGCGUGGAGCCGAUCGAGCUCUGGCUCGACACGAAGGCGCUCCGCCGCGGCUUGGUGGUGCCGGUCGAUGCCGAGUCGGACCCGAAGGCGCUUCUGGUGCAGGAUUCCGGCAUGGUUCCCGUUUCGACGCAGAUUGCCAUCGUGAACCCGGAGAGCCGGAUGCACUGCCGCGACGGCGAGUACGGCGAGAUCUGGGUCGAUUCCGAGGCGUGCGUGAAGUCGUUUUACGGAUCCAAGGACGCCUUCGACGCCGAGCGAUUCGACGGCCGCACCAUGGACGGCGACCCGAGCGUCGGCUACGUGCGAACCGGCGACCUCGGCUUCCUGCACACCGUCAGCCGGCCCAUCGGGCCCGGCGGAGCGCUGGUGGAGAUGCAGGUGCUGUUCGUGCUCGGCAGCAUCGGCGAGACGUUUGAGGUCACGGGCCUGAGCCAUUUCCCCAUGGACAUUGAGGGCUCGGUGGAGCGGUGUCACCGCAACAUCGUGGCGGGAGGCUGCGCCGUCUUCCAGGCGGGCGGCCUCGUGGUCGUCAUGGUCGAGGUCAGCCGCAAGCCGUACCUGGCGUCGAUCGUGCCCGUCAUCGUCAACGCGAUCCUCAACGAGCACCAGAUCGUCGUCGACAUCGUCGCCUUCGUCAGCAGGGGUGACUUUCCUCGCUCGCGGCUGGGGGAGAAGCAGCGGGGCAAGAUCCUCGCCGGCUGGGUGACGCGAAAGCUGCGGACGCUGGCCCAGUUUGCCAUCCGGGACCUGGAUCUGGCGGCCAUGGGCGAGGGUGGCGGCGGUGGCGGCGACGUGAACAGGACGUCCAUCGGAAGCCUGCGUUCCGGCAUCCCGGCGGCCGGAUCGUCGAACCUCCGGAAUGCCGAGUCGGCGCCACGGAUCAUGGAGCAGGAAGAGUUCGAGCAGCAGAUGGAUCAAAUUUCGAACAUGACGCCGGCGCAGGCGAGGGACAGCCUGCAGGAGGAGCAGAUGGAUCAGCUCUCCAGGUCGGCGUCGGCGCAGAGGAGCGGCAGCCUGGCGCAGGAACAGCCGGCCUCGUCGUCAGGCUACGCUCGGGAGACGGCCCACGGUCGCGGCGACGGACAGGCGGACGAGACGCAGUUUGGCCGGGCCGAGGUGACGUCGACGGCGGGACCGAAUAUGGUACCGAGAUCGAGCGAGGCGCGACCUCCUCCUCGGAUCCGACUGCCGGGAGUGGAUGGCCGCGACGUCUUCGAGCUCGACGGCGGGGACGACGAGGAGGACGAGGACUGGACGACGAACGCGAUGAUGCACAUGAACCUCGCCGGAAGCGCCAACGCACGGUGA